AUAAAGAAAAAAAAUCCUAUUUUGUGGGUCCCAAUUUUCUAUAUUAUCUGUCAGACAGCGGCAGCGCUACUCUUAGCUUGACAAAACAGUCACACACACACACUCUCUCUCUACUUUCUCUGACUAAGGGGUGCUCUGAGAUCACAUAGAACAAUGGUGAAGGCCGUUGCUGUUCUUAACAGUAGUGAGGGUGUUGCUGGGACAAUCUUCUUCACCCAAGAAGGAGAUGGUCCAACCACCGUCACUGGAAGUGUUUCUGGCCUUAAGCCAGGGCUUCAUGGAUUCCAUGUUCAUGCCCUUGGAGACACAACAAAUGGUUGCAUGUCAACUGGGCCACAUUUCAACCCUGGUGGCAAAGAGCAUGGUGCCCCUGAGGACGACAUUCGUCAUGCUGGUGAUCUGGGAAAUGUCACUGCUGGUGAUGAUGGCACUGCUAGUUUCACAAUCGUUGACAAGGAUAUUCCUCUUUCUGGUCCGCAUUCCAUUGUAGGAAGGGCAGUCGUUGUUCACGCAGAUCCUGAUGAUCUUGGAAAGGGGGGACAUGAACUUAGCAAAACCACUGGAAAUGCUGGUGGCAGGGUAGCAUGUGGUGUUAUUGGUUUGCAAGGAUAGAAUGAUUCCCCAGGGAUUCAUGAUAAGGCGAAGGCAGCUGAAUAAUGUAUUAGCUGGAAAUUUUAGGCGAACGUUGCAAGCAAAGAACAAAAUCGUAAUUAAACUUCUGGCUGGUUUGCCCCGUUUGUUUUUGUGAUGGAAAAUGUUGUGUGCCUUGUUUGAUCUCGUAAACUGAACAACACUAUUAGUUAAGCUUGCGCUUCGUUUGGUUCAAAUUUCUGUGGACAAUUUGUUCUCUUUCUCAUCUUAACUUGGCUUAAAAUUUUUCCCAAAUGGAGGAAAAUUUGCGAA